UCCUAAAGCAAAAACAAAACAAAAAAAAAAAAACCACGACUCCAGCUCAACCUUCCUCACUUCCACCAUUUCCACGGCUUUGCGAGCAACUGAAGCGAGACCAAGCAACAUUGUAUCUCCGAUCUGAUAUCGCGAUCAGACUGGGGGACCUCUAUUUUUUUCUUGCGAACGGUUCAUCAAACCAUGGAUCAUAUAGGGGCCCAUCACAUCCACCAGUCGCACGCAGAACCCAUCAGUUUUGGAAUCGAUCAAAUUUUGAACAGUUCUGAUCAAGGGAGUUGCAUGAUCUCCAACUCCAGGCUGCAAGAUUCUGAUUAUGGAUUGGGGUGCAUUGUGAGCAGUGCCUACAAUACGAUGACUGGCAACUACAACACCAACAAUACUGUGGGAUACAACAACAGUGCCUGUAGCAUGGCAUCUUUGACUGGGGGUUAUAAUGUAAACAUGGGCAUGAACAUGAACGGGAAUAACCUAAAUUCGGCAGGCGUGAUCCGUGUGCCAGCGCACAGACCCUUAGGUAAUGUUCACCAGUCUAUGUCCACCGGUAUGCCAACCGUGCCAAGUAUGGGCAGCGUGAACGGUAUGGAUAAUCUUACUGGGCUGACCUUUCCCUGGAUGGAAAGUAAUAGAAGAUACACGAAGGACAGAUUUACAGUGGCCCUCUCACCCUUCACUGUAACACGUCGUAUAGGUCACCCUUACCAGAAUCGGACCCCACCAAAGAAGAAAAAGCCAAGAACCUCCUUCACCAGGCUGCAGAUCUGUGAAUUGGAGAAGAGGUUUCAUCGACAAAAGUACUUGGCUUCAGCGGAACGGGCAGCCCUGGCAAAGGCACUCAAAAUGACAGAUGCCCAGGUCAAAACAUGGUUCCAGAACAGAAGGACGAAAUGGAGGCGACAAACAGCAGAGGAGAGGGAAGCUGAGAGACAGCAGGCCAACCGGAUACUAAUGCAACUACAGCAAGAAGCGUUCCAGAAAACAUUGAGCCAGCCCGUGCAAGCUGACCCCAUUUGCCUUCAUAACACCUCCCUGUUCGCUCUCCAGAACCUGCAGCCCUGGUCAGACGACACCGGCAAAAUUACCAGCGUCACUUCAGUCGCGUCCGCAUGCGAAUAGAAGGGGCAGGACAGGGGGGCUUUAUUAUGGGGACAACAGAGACAAUUUGCGAGCAGAACUCCAAGAUGAAGAUAACAGAAGAAACAACAUACAUUUUACAAAAUAUAUAAAAAAAACGAAGUCAUAACUUAUAUCAAUGAAAAGAAAUGUGUUCACAAAGUCAAUUUAAACAACACAAAGCAAACAAAUGGCAGACAUAUUCUAUUGAAUGAUACAUUCUUUUUUAUAUGUAAACCACACAUAAUUUUCCACGAAAAAUGUA